AUGGCUUCAUCCAGUUCAUACAACUGUCCCUGUGCAGCCUGCAAGUUCUUGAGGAGAAAAUGCAUGCCAGGUUGCAUUUUUGCACCAUACUUCCCACCAGAGGAGCCACAGAAAUUUGCAAAUGUGCACAAGAUAUUCGGCGCAAGCAACGUUACCAAGCUCCUCAAUGAGCUUCUCCCUCACCAAAGGGAGGAUGCAGUGAACUCCCUUGCCUAUGAAGCCGAAGCCCGGGUCCGGGAUCCAGUCUACGGCUGCGUUGGCGCCAUCACGUUCCUCCAAAGACAAGUCGAGCGCCUUCAGAAGGAACUCGACGCAGUUAAUGAAGACUUAAUUCGCUACGCGUGCAAUGAUAUUCCGACCGGUUUACCUGCCACUCAAGGAGUUAAUUCACUUCAUUCCAUGGCGGCAGCGCCCCGCCAGAGACCGGUAAGGACUAGCAAUGAAAGUGGUAGCGGCUUCCAUCAAACACCUUCAAACUUCCACUACCCAUAUCCUUUUCCAUGGAAUGAUCAUAACCCUUCUGGUAAUAUAUAUGGAGGAGGGGUAGAUGGAAAUAUUUAA